UAUUGGCCAAUGUACUCCCAACAUAACCAAUGUUUCGCCAAUGUUAACCAAUGUAAAGCCAAUGUACUGUGCUACUAGGGAUUAUUUCCGCUAUAGUCAGAUAUAUUAAUUCUAUUCAAGUAUACAUUUUCUCAAAUGUAACAAAUUUGUUUUUUUUCCAAGUAUUUAUUUCUUUGAGCGACGCGGAGUUGGAGUUGAAAAUUGUAAAAAAUUAAAAAUUAGAAAGUUAUCAUUCAGCACCAAGAACCGUUAUGACUGACUGAUAGGCUUUCUAGUCCAAUGUUUUAAUUUCGUCAGUCCGAUAUAACGGAUUAUUGUUUAAUAAGAAACUAAAUUUGUUAGUAUGAUUUAUUUUAAAUUUUUAAUCUUUACAUUUUUGGCUUAAAUUUUAUAUAAUAAGAUAAUACAUAAACAUGGUAUUUCUUAAUGUAGAAAGAAAAAAAUCAAGAAAUAAAAAUUAUUGGAGUCGUUCCAACAUUUGAAGUAAAACGAAUGACCAGUUUAAAAGAAAUAAAAAUAAAUGAAUGAACUCUUUGAGAUAUACUAUUACAGUAGUCUUAUCACACAAAUCCUAGCAAAAAGUUAAUCUCUAUAUUUGAGUAAUAACGAAACCAAGCAUAACAUCCAUACACUUUUAUCAUAGAUGCAUUGGAUCUCCACGAAUACGAGUGUUGAUUGUCACAUGAACGGAUAUAGCUUACGCAUGCGUAUAGAAAAUUUUGCAGAGAGAUUUGCCAUCUUUCGUCACUUCCGCGACCGACCACAGCCCUUGCUUAUCAAUAAUAUCUGCAGUGAUAUCAGCAUCAUAUAAUAAUCGUACGUGAGAUAUGAACAAGAACGAACGUGUUUUGUCCUGCAAUUUUUAUGGGUGAUGCAACUAGCUUUCGUGUCUUUAUAUUAUUAUAUUCAAUUUUGAUUUUAAAUUAUAUCCAACUUUUUUUCUUUGCCCAAAUUUAAUCUAAUUUGCUAAUACUGCCAAUGACCAAAUCGGACCUUUUAGAGACCAGGUGUCGUUACUGAAAAAAAAGAAGAAGGACUAUUGCACGUGUGUGACAUCCUAAUCUGCAUUCUCACAAUUAUUGCGAUACAAUGUCGGAAUUCGCAGAUCCCCACAUAGCUAAGGCGCUGACUGCAGCUGCUACUUGUGUAAUUACAUGUUUUAUGAACAUGGUGGCCAACAAAGAAUCAAAGAAAUGUUCGGCAGAUUACUUGUGGUCAGUCAUAGACUUCCAAAAGGUUAUUUCGAUGCAAGAUGAUCUCUUAGAUCAAUCAAGCUUACAAGCAAACAAGCAUGUCAUAGAAUAUUCUGCAAGAAUUUUUAAAGAAACUCGAUAUGAAAGGGAAUGUUAUUACGUCUUUCGAGUUAAUCUGGAAUUAGAAUUCCUCGAUGGAAUCGAGACAGAGACUGCAAAGCAGACAAGCUAUCUUUUGAAUAUACGGAAUAUGAGACCUUUUUUUCAUAACAUCAGUAAUCCUGUACUGGGAAGGUUUUCUUGCCUCCUUGUACAGAUGUUAUUACAUAUCUUCGAAAUUCGGAUAUUAGUUUCGACGGAUAAUAAGAAACCAAGAUUCAUGGUAUUCAAGUUACCAGUAAUUCAAGUUAAAUUAGAUCUACAAAAAUUUUGCAUUCAAAUAGAAGAUGAUGAAGUUAUAAGAAAUAAAUUAUACAAUGAUUUCUGUGAUGAUCUAUACAAGUUACAAUUAAAUAUUGACCAAUGUAAUUUGGUGGAAUUUGAUGUGCUGAGAGAAAGAUUUUCGACAGAACUGUGCCGUACACCAAUUUGUAUUGUCAGAUUUGAAAGACAAGCAAACUUUUCUGACAAAAAUGAAGUCUUCUUUAUUGGAGGUUCUGGUAAACUGUAUAAAGACCCUAACUUGUGGCGUUACAACAAAGAAUUUGAGAAAGAAGUUUUCAUUGAUUGUGGAGGUUUUGGCAAAGUAUAUAAAGCGCGCCAUUGUCUCGAUGGAAAAGAAUAUGCGAUUAAAAAAAUAACGGUUGAUCAUAUUACCGAGUUACAACUGAAUGAAGUAACGACACUUGCUGCAUUAAAUCAUCCUAAUAUUGUCCCAUACCAUACAGCUUGGAUCGAAUGGCUGUCGUCCUGUACUUCAAACGCAUCUACAAGUAAUAUACUAUCAUCGAAAUACUAUGAAAAAGAUUCCAAGUCGUCCAGUCCACUGGCCAUCAAAGAUUUAGAAAAAUGUUAUACUGAUGAAUCUAGUUCGGACGUAGUAUUUCUUCAAAAUAAUGAUAUUAAUGACAGAUUUGAAGAACACGAUUCAUCAACUAACAACAUGGAAAAGAAAAUUGAGGAAAAUACCACUGAAGAAUCCAGUUCGGGCGGAGUGUGUUUUCGAAAUAGCAAGAGCAAUGAAAGUCCAGAUCAAGCAAUUGUAAAUGCAAGUGCUAGUAAUAGUUCUUCAUGUGAAGAAUCUAAUCGAGAAGUUAAUGUAUACACUUCUGAUAAAAAUAAACCGUGUAUCUUAUAUAUUCAAAUGGCCCUGUGUGAACAAACACUCAAACAAUUGCUAUGUAAUAGAGUAAGUGUAACGCCUGAACCAACAAUUAAAGCGAUAUUUGAACAGAUUGUUUGUGGAGUGGAUUAUAUACAUUCUCAAAAAAUCAUACAUCACGAUAUAAAGCCCAGCAAUAUAUUUAUGUCGACAUCCGGACCACUUCGGAUUCAAUUAGGUGAUUUUGGUUUAGCUUGUUCGUUUCAAAAAGAGCAUCAUUCUGCGAUUGGUACCCCUAUGUACGCAGCGCCAGAACAAAUGCAGGGAAAGUGUGAUCCAAAGAGUGAUAUUUAUAGUAUAGGGAUUGUCUUUCUCGAGCUUUUGAUUCCAACUCGAAUGGAGUUAGCUAAAAUAAUUGAAUCCUUAAAGUCUGGCGAAGUACCAGAAACUCUCAAGGAACAUAAGUGGUUACAAAUCAUUCAGCGAUUAAUGCAAGAAGAUCCUACUAAUCGACCAUCAGCAAGUCAGCUUCUGCAGGAUUUUAACCAUAAUACCGUUGUAAUAAUAAAUAGAUUGAAAGAUGAUAUCAUGCAUUUAGAAAAUAGUAAUAAUAAUAAAAAUGACAAAAUUCGAAGCAUAUUACAAGAGAUAAAGGAAAAAAUUCAAGAAUUGUCACUUCAAAACAAUUUAACAGACUAGAUUGUUAUAUGGAACCUAAACUCAUGGAAAAACUUAACAUUAAUACAAUAUAAGAGUAUUGAGCAUUUUUCUUAAAUUAUGUCCUAGAACAAGAAUAUAAUUCACACACGUAGCGAAGUAAAAGUUUUUAUAUAUUUGUAA